AUCGUUUUGAUUAUAAUUUUAUUAUUAUAGCCUCUAAAGGCAUAGUAAAAUAUUCAUUAAUUUUUAUCUACUGUGAAUAUCUCGUGAACUUUUACAGCAUAAUAUUAUUAUUCCCAAUUUUUUUUUUAUGAAUUAUUUAAUUAAUUAAAAUAAUGAGUCAAUUACUAAACAUUAUAUAAAGCUCCACUCACAUAAAUGGGUAACAGUUAUCAUUUUAAAAGCUUAAAAAUAUGUCAGAACACGAAGAAAUUGAUAUCAAAAGUCGUCCGUGGAUUGAUCAGAUUCAAUCGUUCAAUGAACUAUACCGCGAAGAAGAAAACAAUGUAGAAGUUAGCCCAGGAAUAAAACUGGGAUGGGUGAAAGGCGUGUUGAUUCCAUGUCUACUCAGCACCUGGAGCGUGAUAAUUUUCUUUAAGAUGCCGUGGAUUUUAGGAUACGCUGGAAUAUUUCAUACAAUCAUUAUUAUUUUUCUUUCACUGAUUAUUAUUCUAAUCACCAAUUUGUCACUAUCUGCAAUCAGCACAAAUGGAAAAAUAAAAGGAAUGUAUUAUUUUUAUUCAGUAACAAUGGAAAAUACCAUAAAUCAUAUAGAAAUGACAUAGGCGUAUAAUUUGCCUCUAAAUAGUUA